GUGCGUGCGUGACAUGGAGGGGGAGGGAAACAUGGGGGGGCUUGAGGGCCCAGCUUCACUCCCCUGCAGUACACGCGCGCUCGUGCGCUUCCCACAUAACGAGCGCAGAGCGAGCAGGAGGCCAGACAGGAGAAGGAGCUUCCUCUGCCCUCCGGUGAGACCGGGGGCUCGCGGAGACGCCAUGGAUCACAUCGGUAUGCUGGGCGCGCAUCUGCAGCAGCACGCGCACGUGGAGCCCAUCAGCUUCGGCAUCGAUCAGAUCCUCAGCACCGUGGAGCAGAGCUGCAUGCUGGGGGCCAGGAUCCAGGAACCGGACUACGGACACCCUGCGUACAACCCCGGCGGCGGCGUGAACUAUCCGUGCGCAAACAGCGGAUACAGCGGCAGCGGCAGCUCGUGCGGGGUGACCUCCUAUGGAGGAGGCUAUCACAUGAACAUAAACGUUAACGGAACUAACGUGAACUCCUCCGGGGUCAUCCGCGUCCCCGCGCACCGGCCUCUCAGUGGCGGGAAUUCCAGCGCGCCGCCACUUAGCGGAGCCGUGAACAACCUGAACGCGCUCACGUUCCCGUGGAUGGAGAGCAACCGGAGAUACACCAAGGACAGAUUCAGCGUGUCCCUCUCACCCCUCACUGUAACACGCCGUAUAGGUCACCCGUACCAGAACCGAACCCCUCCGAAGAAGAAGAAGCCCCGGACGUCGUUCAGCCGGCUGCAGAUCUGCGAGCUGGAGAAGCGCUUCCACCGGCAGAAGUACCUGGCGUCGGCCGAGCGCGCGGCGCUGGCCAAGGCCCUGAAGAUGACCGACGCGCAGGUCAAGACCUGGUUCCAGAACCGGCGCACCAAGUGGAGACGGCAGACUGCAGAGGAGCGUGAGGCCGAGCGGCAGCAGGCCAACAGGAUCCUGAUGCAGCUGCAGCAGGAGGCCUUCCAGAAGACCAUCAACCAGCCGGUGACUCCAGAUCCACUGUGCCUGCAAAACAGCUCCCUGUUUGCUCUGCAGAACCUCCAGCCGUGGACGGAGAGCACCACGAAGAUCAGCAGCGUGUCGGCCUGCGAGUAGGGCUCAUGCAGCCUGAAGACCGACCUCCCUGCCGUCACAGAGACUGCUGGGAGGAUGACAGGAAACGAGGCCUUGGACUCUCCUGGAACAGCGUUCAUCAUCAGACACGGACUGCCACUGCUGAUGGGGAUUCUCAGCACUUCUCUUAUUAAAUGGGACCACCGUCUGCCAGAAUGCUUCGCUGUGGAGGCUUUGAGCAGCUGUUGGCUCUGUUGCUACACAGUGACGAGAAACUCAAACUUUGAGCCUUUCUCAUCAGACAGAAGAACAAAGCACUUGAUUCAAUGUCUUCUAUGAAUUUAAACACAAGAUUUAAUCUCAGUAACACACAGCAGUCUUAAAACAUGUAACACCAUCAGAAUGUAAAUAGAAAGAAAACAUUAUUGAGUACAACUCAGAUUUUGUUUUUAUAUUUUGUAUGAGCGUUUUUCUCUGACACGCCAAUGAGAAGAAGGAGCAAUAAAGCAGAUGUUUGGACGAUGCAGAUUCCCGCUGUCAGCUGCUCCAUUGUGCUGGUGUGUGAGAGGCAGAACUUUGAGCUGACACGUGAGGAAAACAGGUCAGGAGGUGGAGAGUCGAUACCACAACAUUUAAUAAAAAGACUGACACUCAGGCGGGAGUGAUUAAUGAGACAAUAAACGCACUUCAGACUGUCUGUGGGUCUGUGUGUGUGGGUGUGUGUGUGUGUGGGGGGGGGUUAUGUGUGGGUAU